UAAAGGUACACAGCGCAAUGCAACGAAAAGCUCCGGUCUCACUGUGGAGGAGGAGACCACCCGCACACCCGAACCGAACAAUAAUGAUGGCUGGAGGAGUGGAUUCCCUGUUUCCACCUCCCGGUUUUGGAGGUUCUACGCCAGGAAGUGGACUAGGACGGCGUCAGCGGUGCUGAAGAGAGGACCGCUGCCCCCUAGACUGUCCAACUUCAUGUUCCCAGCAUCCAACCCCUCUCCGUCUUCCUCCGUGUCUUUUCCUGUUUCAGUCUCCACUCCACUCUUCACGCCAGCUCCACCUCCAGUGGUCGCCACACCUUCUCCGCCUGUCCCCACCCCGAAGUUGCGCACACUGUCUGAGCUUCCCAGUGCUCCCUGUGCUCCGUCCAAGUUUCCCAGUGCUCCCUGUGCUCCGUCCAAGUUUCCCAGUGCUCCCUGUGCUCCGUCCAAGUUUCCCAGUGCUCCCUGUGCUCCGUCCAAGCUUCCAGCUGGUGGGCCCCUCUGCCGGCCUUCCAGAGCCUCCAGCCGGCCCCACGGGCCCAAGCGCCUCCUGCGGCGGCGACCGCCGGAGCCUCCUCGACUCCGCUUCCCGGCGUGGAGUUCGCCUCCUGUGCCAUGGCCGGCCCUCGUACUGUUCCUAAAUCACUAAUUUUUGUUUGAAACUU